AUGGAGCAUCUCAAUAGUCUAGAGAAAAGCCUCCCGCCGGAGGGCCCUGUGAACGACCAGAAUAUCGAUAAGGUGAAUCGCCAGGUCACUCAGGAAUUCAAAAUAGCCGCCAACGCCGUGACGAACUUGUACCGGCUUUCGUCGGAGCGAAGCUCUCUCAAUAGACACAUGGGAUACGUGGACUGUCUGGGGGAUGUUCUGGAGCUGAUAGAGAAGGGCUACUCGACGUGCGAAUUGGCUAAAUGGUGCGAGGAACGCAAGCAGGAAAAAAGCGGGCAGAAAAAUGGGCAAAAUGGGCAAAAUGAUGUGGUAGACACCACCAAAGCGAAACCGCUGGCGGAGAACAAGGAGAAUAGCGUUUAUGGGAGACUCCCGGUUUUGGAAUCGACUCAAACCCCGGUGACAAGCCCGACGUUUCGGUUAUCGAGACCGAUCAUGUCUGUGGAAAGAGCACCGAGACGAUGUGUCAAGCCUGAGCUUACAGAGCGGUUUCUGCAGCAGCGAGAGGGCUCGCUUGGGGAGCGUCGAAGCAAGAAGAAGAGAAUGAAAAAAGACGACAACGCCAGGGAACCGUAG